UUCAAGAGAGAGCUAGUCCAAAUGCUGCUGGGUGGUGUAUAGUAACUAGGGCUUUGAUUUAGCAUUUCAUUUUCCUCUGAACUCACUCACUCACUCUUUUUCUAUUCAGAUUCUCACUUCGUUCUCUGUUUUUUUCUUACUCAUACGAAAACAUACAAAACCUCCCUUCUUUGUCUGUUUUCAAACCUUCUACAUGGCUCGCGGUCGGAAGAAGCAGCAGCAACAAACACAAGCUUUGGCUGACAAUGGAGGCACCAAAACGACCAAUGUUGUUGGUGGGGUACGAGGAGGAAGAGGGUCUUCUUCUGCUUCUGCUUUUGCUUCAAUUCAAGUUGCUGUGAGAAAGAAGCGUGGCCGAAAGAGUAAUGCGGAAAAGGAAGCAAAUGGUGGGGGUGUUAUGGAGCAGAAACGUAGUAGUAGAGCAAAACGGAAGACCCUUUUGAUAGAUGAUGAAGAAGGAGAAGAAAAUGGUAGGGGACUCAAGAAACGAGGUCGUAAGAGACAGAGAAUGACAGAAACUUUUGUAGAGGGGUCAAGUGGAAAUCAGAGAGGUUCAAGGGAGCGUAGAGCUUCAGUUAGCGAGGGAAAGACAGAAACUUCUGCUUUCGGGGUUCAGGAUAAGAGAGAUCCUAAGGAGUCCUUAAUGUGCCAUCAAUGUCAGAGAAAUGAUAAAGGCCCGGUUGUAAGAUGCACGAAUUGUAAACGGAAAAGAUUUUGCUUAGUCUGUUUGAAACACUGGUAUCCUCACUUGAAAGAGGAUGAUAUUGCUAAGGCAUGUCCUGUGUGCUGUGGUAAUUGCAAUUGCAAAGCAUGCUUGCAAUCUGGUGAUCUUCUUAAAAGACUGAAGGUAAAAAGAAAUACUGAUGAAGGCAAGGAGGUUGAGCUCUAUAAGUAUUUGCUGAAGCAUCUUCUUCCGUAUUUAAGACAGUUGGAUGAAGAACAAAUGAUGGAGAAAGAGAUAGAAGCUAAGAGACAAGGGCUCUCACUCUCGGAGCUAAAAAUAAAAGAGGCAGAUCACUAUGAAGGAGAUCGUGUGUAUUGUGAAAACUGUAAAACGUCAAUAUUUGGUUAUCACAGAAGCUGUGCGAAAUGCUCUUUUGACCUUUGUCUUAUCUGCUGCCGUGAGCUUCGUAGUGGGCGGCUUCUUGGUGGUGCAGAUCCAGUUGAGUUGAAGUUUGUCUCCCGAGGUCGUGGUUAUUUGCAUGGUGCAAGAGAAGAUAACAGCAUAGUAAAAAAUACAUCACAUGCAAAUGCUGAUGCUGAGAUUCGUCAAUGGUCAAUGUCUGGGUGGCGUGCUGAUAGUGAUGGUAACAUUCCAUGUCCAAAAGUCAAUAAUGAGAGUAGCCAUGGUUUUCUUGAACUGAGAAGCAUAUGUACUCCGGAUUUCAUCUCUGAGUUACUAUCUAAAGCUGAAAAACUAGCAGAAGCAUAUAAGCUUGAAGAUGCUGUUGAGACUCUGAAUAAUUGCUGUUCUUGUUUGAAGCCUGAUAGAAAUACCAACGAUGAUAGAUAUAUUAAUAUGAGGAAGGCAGCUUCUCGUGAAGAUUCCAGUGACAACUAUUUAUACUCUCCCAGGGCUGUAGAUCUAGGGCACGAUGAUUUAAGACAUUUUCAAUGGCAUUGGAGCAAAGGCGAGCCUGCAAUAGUAAGCAAUGUUCUUGAAUGCACGUCAGGUUUAAGCUGGGAACCUCUUGUCAUGUGGCGCGCAUUACGUCAAGUGUCCAAGCAUGAUAAACAUUUGGAUGUGGAGGCUAUUGAUUGUUUAGAUUGGUGUGAGGAACCGAUCAAUAUCCACCACUUCUUUACUGGGUAUACGGAGGAUCGUGAGGAUUGGUGUGGUUGGCCUAAAAUAUUGAAAUUAAAAGAUUGGCCCCCUUCUAAUUUAUUUGAGGAACGUUUACCUCGUCAUUGUGCAGAAUUCAUAUCAUCCUUGCCCUUUAAACAAUAUACAUGUCCGUACAAAGGUUCUCUUAACCUUGCUGUGAAGUUGCCUUGGGGCUGUCUAAAGCCAGACAUGGGUCCAAAAUCAUAUAUUGCUUAUGGAUUUGCUCAAGAGCUUGGGCGUGGUGAUUCUGUGACUAAGCUUCAUUGUGAUAUGUCUGAUGCUGUGUAUGUGUUGUGUCACACUGCUGAAGUGAAAUGGAAACCUAAGACAAUUACUGCUAUUGCAAAUUUGAUGCCACGCCACCUUGAGCAAGACAAAAGGGAGCAGCUACUUGGAGAUAGUCAGGAUGGAGAAAGUAAUGUUGACAAGCCUGAUAGUUCAUCUUCUACCAAAAAUUCCUUGGACAAGCAAAUUAGUGUUCAGGUCAUGGAAAAUGGAAGUGGACUGUGUGAUGUGAAAGUGAGUGGUCAUUCUUAUCCACACCCUAGUAUUAAUGAAGGUUAUCUUUCAUGUGGGUCAGAACUCAAAGAGGUUGGGAAAGUGACAAUGAAAGAAGAAAAUGGUAUAUUGAUUGAGGGGGAUGCUUUAGAAGGUGCUCUUUGGGAUAUAUUUAGGAGAAAGGAUGUACCUAAGUUGCAGGAGUAUCUAAAAAAGCAUUUCAGAGAGUUCAGGCAUGUCCAUUGCAGUCCUUUAAUGAAGGUUAUUCAUCCCAUCCAUGAUCAGGUCUUUUAUCUGACUGUGGAGCAUAAGAGGAAGCUUAAGGAGGAGUAUGGAAUUGAGCCCUGGACUUUUGUCCAGAAGCUAGGAGAUUCUGUUUUUAUUCCAGCUGGUUGUCCUUACCAAGUCAGAAAUCUGAAGUCAUGCAUCAGCGUUGCACUUGAUUUUGUCUCUCCUGAGAGUGUUGGUGAGUGCUUCCGUUUGACUGAAGAGUUCCGCAGGCUUCCGGUAAAUCACGGGUCAGUCGAGGACAAAUACGAGGUGUAGAAAAUGACUGUGCAUGCUGUGGUUGAUGUGGUCAAAAACUUGGAGAAUGCAAGGUCUAGAGAAACCAAGGUUCCAUCUUAAGUGUAUUUGUGAUGACAGUAUGAAUAUUCCCACAGGAUGUGCAAAAUUGAGUUGCUUAUGUAGGUUUCGGUGAUCUUGGGUUCCAUGAAUCAUGAUUCUUAGGAAGACUCCAUAUUUUGUUCUCUAGCACACCUUGAUGAGGUCUUUUGAAACACCAUAUAUUAACUUGUGAUGGUGUACAUAUAAAUAUAACACCCUGUAUAUAUAACUAGGGUGCUUAGGCUGAUUCAAGUUUACAGUCAGAUGCUGUUAUGAGCAUUGUACUUUUGGAACUUGUGAUUGGAUAGAUCAUGAAAUUCUAUGUUGCAGUACGUUGGCAAAAUAUUAGCUUUGCUGAUUUGAUGUCAUGUAAUCAUGUUAUUUGUUAACACUUUCCGCCUAGUAUGAGAAUAGUACUAAACUGUUGGUUCUUUCA